CACCUGGGGAGCCGCGAGUCCUAACCAGCAAGGUCCAGAAUGAAUGUGCCAAGGGGGCAGCGUACUGGUGCAGCAACUUAAUGGCAGCUAUCAAGUGUGGUGCUUUGGAUCACUGUGUCCAGACUGGGUGGAAUCAAGCCAGCAAUGAGAGUGUCUGGAACAGAAUCAGCAAUAAGGACACGUGUGCAGACUGCAAACAGCUUAUCUCCAUCCUGGUGCGCAUGGCCAAGGAAUCAGCCUUUAAGGAAACUCUCCAGAAGUAUUUAGAGCAAGAAUGUACCAAUUUGCCACUUCAAACACUUAUCCCACAGUGCCAAGCCUUGGUAAAGGACUACUGUGCCCGUUUAAUUGCCAGCCUGGAAGAACAGUUUGACCCCAGCAUCAUUUGUGCCCAGUUGGGAGCCUGUCCAGCUGACCUUCUGGGACGCAAGGAUGGCUUGAUGCAGCUGCUCACAGGGCUAGAGCAGCUCCUUCCACCGCUGCAAGGCCAGACGCCCAUCCUGCCCACUGGCCACACGCAGGAGUCCCCCCAGGAACUGCUGCCCAUCCCCCUGCCUCUCUGCUGGUUGUGCAGGACGUUUAUUGGCAAGGCUGAGUCUGUCAUCCCCAAGGCCGCUGUAGGCAAAGCCAUGUCCAAACUCUGCUACAUUCUGCCAGGGGCUGUGGCUGGCAUCUGCCAGUGCCUGAUGGAGAAAUAUACGGUGAUCAUUGUGGACACAAUUGUGAGCAAGCUGGGCCCACGCCUGAUCUGUGGAAUGAUGUUCAUGUGUGCCUCAGAGGAAAACUGUGGUCCAGAGAUCCUGUUGCCGGCUGCAGCCGAGGGAUGUCAGAUGUGUCUCAUGAUCAGUGACCAAGUGAAGGCGUCUCUAAGAGCAAAUCGCACCAGGAGAGCCGUGGAGGCAGCCUUGUCCACAGCCUGCAGCCGUCCCUUUUCCUCCUGGCCUCAGUGCAACCACUUCAUCCAUCAGCACCAGCCAAAGCUGUCUGCACUGUUAAUGAAGCCCUGGGACUCCCAAGCUACCUGCCAGGAACUGGGUGCCUGCGGAGCGGAGCAGCUUUUGCCGAGUGCCACUCCCUGUGCCCAGGGACCCACUUACUGGUGCUCCAGCCUGAGUGCAGCCAAGCAAUGCAAGGCUAUACAGCAUUGCCAGGAUCACGCAUGGUUGUAAACAAGCAAGGAGGGUCCUGCUCAAGG